AUCAACAUAGGCCAAAUUUCCCAACAGAGUUUUUGCUUCUGAAUCUGAGUCCGUUCCGAACUUAUUUUACACUUCACUUUAUAAUAAAAUUAAUUCACAAAAUCUGUGAAAGAUAAUAGUUUUAAACAAAUUUGUAAUGUAUUAAGUUAUCAGCAUCACAAAAAUCGCAAUACUCCAAAUCCGUACUACGAAAAUAGUCAAGGAAACAAAAAUGACGGCAACCCGAUUGACGCGGUCAGGUCGCAGCCGAUUUCUAAUCGGAUUAGGUCUAAUUAUUCUUAUGUUUGGAUUCGUUGCAAUAUUUCACAGUUCACAAACUCAACUAGAUGAAUCUAGACAGCAACUUAUACGAUGUGAACAACAACAGGAGGCUUUAAAUGCUCGCAUGCAAGCAAUAAUUGAACAUAAAUUCCGUCUGGAACGGAGCCUCGAAGCCGAACGCAAAGAACACCUUGAAACACGACAAGGAUUUGAGCAACGAGCCAAAGAACAAUCCGAUCAAAAUGCAAAGGCAAAGAUGACAUCAACCCUACAUUAUGACAAUCUUAACCAAAGGUAUAAGCUACUGCAAAAGGAACAUGGUGAUUUAGUGGAGGACUGUUCAAAAUCGAAAAAAUCACAUCUGGAAGCUGUGAAUAGUUUGGAUACGAAGGUGAAAUCACUACAAUCCCAACUGCAACAAGUACGGAGUUUGAAUGAUAAGGAUCUUGAAGAAUUGAAGGCUAAGUAUGAUACAGUUGUGCAGGAAAAGGAUCGUCUAGAAAUUCUACUUAAGACAACGUCACUAAGUUCUGAAAAUCACAAGAAGAAAAUCUCAAAACUAACAGACACAAUCAUGGAAUACAAAAACAAUUGUGAAUACAAACCCAAAACUGAUAGCAGUGACACUUUGAGCGAUCAAACAAUGCCGUCUCCCAUAUCUGGCAACAACCAUCAUCAAUUAAUGCCCAAUCAUCCACUGGAUAAGCCUCUCGUACAGAAGUCCUUUAACGAACAACAAUUAGUGAGUCCUGAUUUGUACAAAGUAUCUAUUAAACUUACUAACAACACUCAACCAAGUGCUUCAUAUUUGUCUACUCAAAAAUCUCUCGCCCCACCUGCUGAUAUGGGUGAAGCUCGAAAAGAUCGCCCAAUCGACAAGUAUAAAAAUGCGAUAAUUAAUUCUGUUGAAAACUUUCAGAUGAUUCCCAAGCCAUUGGCCAGUACAGAGGACAAAAAUAAACCAGCAUCGGCAGCAGAGAAUGUGCAACAAAUGCCACCACUGAACUCAACAAUCAAAUCAUCAACUGUGGCAAUUUCAGCGGCUAAUGGUGAUGCUGAAGGUGGAGGAACUCACGAUGUUAAUCGACAUGCUUUAUCUGUAGCCAAUCAGCCCAGUACCGCGAGUACAGCAAUCAAAGCCAAGCGAUCAAGCACAACAAAAGAGCUUCUGAAUUCCCCACACAAACCGCCUAAACAUAUACCACUUGGUGUUGCUCCGAUUCCAGAAAACUUCGAGUACUUGCUUAGCAACAAUCGUAACGAUGACCAACAAGCCGGCAAUAAGUUAGCAAACCUUCAAAAACAACCAGGAGAAGCUGACAAUAAGCAAGAUACUGAUAACAACCGUUAUGUAAAUGUUGUAGAUGAAUUGGUAGGGAAGAACAACGAAGGUGGUGAGCAGGAUACAGGUGCACACGAAGUGAAGGACGCCGAUUUUAAUGCUGAUAAGAAUGAUGAGAAUGUGAAUAAUGGCGCGGAAGAGGAUAAUAAUUUCUUCGAGGCGAAAAUAGCGCCGAAAGAUAAUGAUGAUCGUGGCGAUGGAGAUGAUAUGGAAGUAUUUGGCAUGGGUGGUGGCCACAAACAAAAUCACAAUAAAGACCGAGACGAUGAUUUGGCACCAGUGGCAAAUGCUUUACUUGAUGCAGACAAUCUUAAUAAUGAAGUUGCUGGUGAUCAAGGAAAGGAACAAUUUGCGGAUGGUUUGCACAUCGACGAAGGAAACGAAGAAGAGGAAGACGAAGAUGAUUACUCAAAUCCUGCGGCAAGGCAACAGGAAGGUCCAGCGAUUCGCAAUUAAUUAUUGAAUAUAUUGGACUAUAGAAGAUGAAGCCCUUAACUGUUGCUGCUGUGUCAUAAAACGUUGGAUUACACUGGGAAAUGGUUUGCUGCAGAAUUAACACAUUUAACAGUAUGACUAUGAAGUUAAUAUUUUCCAUACACCUAGAUAUAAUUUUCAAUGUUCCCACGUGUUUUAAAACUAUGUAUUUCAAUUUUACAGAAGCAUAAAAAAAAACCUGUUUGAUCUGUCUUUGAAUAAACAAAAAUUAUAUCUUAAAAUAUAUAAAUUAAGACCCUUGCAGAUCUCAACCAAAAACUUGUAAUGUAUAAAAAAAAAAAACAUUUUAUAUUUUGUAAAAAAAAAAAUCAAAGAAAAAACAUACUAAAGUUUACUAAAAAUGCGACUUUACUUCAUGCGACCAAUCCACAUAAACACACACACACAAAAUGAACCUACCAUCCAUAAUAAUAUGCUUUCGAUUUUUCUGUGAUAAUUACUUCCGGUUAUAUUAAAAUAUUCGUUGGAAAUACUUUUAAACUACUUACUCGUAUAUUAAAAAACAAAAACACACAUUUUUACAGAUAAACUCUAGACAUACAUCUAUAGAUUUUAUUUCUUCUUUAAAAAUUCAAAACCAAUAAGCUCAAUUGAUCUAGUUUUCUGCCAAAUUUCCAAAGCAAUAACUAUAUAGAAAAUAAAAAGGUGCCUUUAAAGGGAUUGUAUGUGUACACUAAAUCUUCCUUAAAGUAAUUAAUAAUUUGAAAAUUAAGUUUUUGAUUCUUUGAGUGGUGAUAAAUCGCUUAAAUAAAAAUGCACUGAUUCGAUGAAAUGUUAAAUUAGGAUUCAUGUAAAAGUUAUACUUAACUUUGUCUUUAAAAUGUGCAAUGUAUUUAUUUAUUUUUGUAUCGGUCUAUAAAUAAGUUUUCUUAUAAUUUGAUGUUCUUUUUCGUCAUAAAUUUCAUUAAAAGCGUCUCAUAGAGUAUUUGGAACGCAUCAUUUUUUCAUUCAUAUGGGCUAUGACUAGAUUAACUGGGCUUUCAAUUAAGUAUAUUUUAAAUUAAUCAAAAAAAAAAAACUCAUUGUAAUGUAAGCCUAUAUACAUUUUUAAAUUUACUUAAACAAAAAAUGUAUUACAUUUCUUUAUUUUGUACUUCUUUUGUUUUAUAUCGUUAUUUUCCUCCAUUUUGUAUUAUUUUUUUUUU